AUGCCCGAUCCAGCCAAGUCCGCCCCAGCGCCCAAGAAGGGCUCCAAGAAAGCCGUCACCAAGGUCCAGAAGAAGGACGGCAAGAAGCGGAGGAAGAGCAGGAAGGAGAGCUAUGCCAUCUACGUCUACAAGGUGCUGAAGCAGGUCCACCCCGACACCGGCAUCUCCUCCAAGGCCAUGGGCAUCAUGAACUCCUUCGUCAACGACAUCUUCGAGCGCAUCGCAGGGGAAGCCUCCCGCCUGGCUCACUACAACAAGCGCUCCACCAUCACCUCCCGGGAGAUCCAGACCGCCGUGCGCCUGCUGCUGCCCGGAGAGCUGGCCAAGCACGCCGUCUCCGAGGGCACCAAGGCCGUCACCAAGUACACCAGCGCCAAGUGAGC